UCCUUCCGGUAAUGUUGCCGCAGCCUCGGCUUCGUAGCGCCUUCACUGCUAUCGUUUUGGGCCUCCGCGCAAGGUUUCGUUGCUACUCCCGAGCCGCCAUGGCGAAGAGUAAGUUCGAAUACGUCCGGGCCUUCGAAGCGGACGAUAAGUGUUUGCCCAACUGCUGGAUCGUGGUUCGGUUGGACGGACGCUGCUUCCACCGCUUUGUUCAGCAACAUGAUUUUAAGAAACCUAAUGAUGAUCGUGCUCUUCAGUUGAUGAACAAGUGCGCCCAGACAGUGAUGCAAGAGCUGGAGAACAUUGUCAUUGCCUAUGGACAAAGUGAUGAAUACAGUUUUGUUUUCAAAAAGAAAACCAACUUGUUUAAGAGAAGGGCAAG